AAGAAGAGUCACAAAAUUCGCAUCAGCAACACACGCUGUGCUCUCUCUCUCUGCUCUAGAGGGGCUGUGUUGAUGUUCUCCUCAUAGCUAUCAAGUCAAGUCAGUGUCAAAAUGGACUUGGUACGCAGGAAGUCUGCUAAACCCAGCUUAAUGCAGAAGAAAAUUAUUUUUGAAUUUAUGCGGAGUAACCCACAGUUUCGGGAUGCAAAACUCGGUAAGACCAUCACGCAGGAAGAGAGAAGUAAGAAAUGGGAGCAACUGGGUAAGAGACUCAAUGAGGUUGAAGGGGCCCGAAAGACUUGGGCGCAGUGGCGGAAGGUUUGGCAGGAUAUGCGGAGUAGCUUGAAGCUUAAGUACCUGCAGGAUCUCAGGAAGCAAGGAGGGGAAGUUGAAGAGCUAGAAAAUGAUGGAAUUUCAGCUCUGAGGCGGCUUCUUGGGAACGAUCAGAAGGCUCUGUUGGAAAUGCUUGGGUUGAAGCGUCUCAAACCAGGAGCACCUCCACCUACAAAGUACAGGAAACGCACCCGAAAGAAGUUAGAUGACAUUGUGGUCAAGAAGAAGGAAUCUCAGUGCCAAAAAUCAGAAAAAGAAUCUUUGGUGCUAAAGGAAGAACCAAAUACGUCCUUUGAGGACACGUAUGUUGCAUCAGAUCCUGAAGAUGAUCCCAUUGCAACAGCUGAUGAUGCCUUUAGUGAUUUAGAUGAAGCAGUUCAAAUGAGUCCACAUCGGGUGAUAUUUGACGAAGAUGACGCCUUCAGAGAGAGAUUAGGAUCAAUGGAGCAGGAUGUAGAUGAAAGGAAAGAGAGUGUUGCUGAUGAACCAAGUCCCCUUGUGAGGAUAGCUCAGGAGCUGAUGAAGACUUUCAAGGAACAAGCAGAGGCAGAAGAGAAAUUUCGUCAGGAGCAGCUAAGACUGAUGCGAGAGCAAACGGAAGCCAUAAAAUCCAUUGCAAAUUCCCUGCAGAAUAGAAAAUAAUUAAGGAAGAACUUUCUUAAGAAUUUAUGUUAAAUUUGAUCAUUUUUCUACCUGAAAAAAAUGAUGGGAUAAUGAGGAUCAGAAAGACGACGAUAGAGGAUUAAGCCAGCUGCCCUAAAAGUCUUUAAAGACUUGGAAUUUUAGGAAAAUGUAUCGAUAAAAUUUUCUCUGAAUUAAUUUGAAAGAAAAAUUAAAGAAAUAUUUUUUUA